CCUUUGAUGGCUUCCUCCUGGAGAUCACUACUUGUGUCCCAAGAGGCCAGUGCUUUCCGGACAGAUAUAUUAAAUACUUAACUGAGUGUUGAGCAAGUUAUGGGGUCCUUCAGCACAUGACAUGCAGCUGGAGCAGCAAACUGCUGUAGCAUUCAGAGAAACUGCUCCAGAGCAGCUGUAACCCUUGCAGUAGUGGAUUAAAACCACGCUAAGCAGAGUCCCACACCCAGCUUGGUAAGCUGCUGUGCCUCUGAGUUCCUGCGUGGUUUGUGGUUUGCACCCUGCUGACUCGAUUACCAGUAUUUCAUGAGGGAGAGAUGAAGAUGCCUUGGUGAACAGUUGUGUGCCCCACAUGACUGCAGGCUUCAGCCCUUGCUAAGCUCUUGCACUGAAGACAGGAGGCGAGUUGGUUAUCUUGUUAUGAGACUCAUGACAUUCCCCACUGCUGUGUCUCAACACAGAUCCUGAAAGAGCAGAGUGCAACUACCUGCCUCAAAGCUUUGCUCUGCCACCAAGACAUAGUAUGGAAGCCAUCGCCAAGUUUGAUUUCAGUGCUUCUGGAGAGGAUGAGUUGAGCUUCCAGGCUGGAGAUAUGCUGAAGGUUUUGAGCUCCCAGGAAGACUGGUACAAGGCUGAGCUCAGAAGUCAAGAGGGCUAUGUUCCUAAGAACUUCAUUGAUUUUCACGUUCCUCUCUGGUUUGAUGAGAGGAUAUCCCGCCACGAAGCAGAGAACAUCCUCAUGAGCAAAGGAGUUGGCUCCUUCAUCGUCCGAGCCAGUCAGAAUUCUCACGGUGACUUCUCCAUCUCUGUCAGGCAUGAAGAUGAUGUGCAACACUUCAAAGUGAUGAGGGAUUCAAAGGGUAACUAUUACUUGUGGACAGAGAAAUUCCACUCACUAAACAAGCUGGUGGACUACUACAGGACAACUUCCAUCUCCAGGCAGAAGCAGAUCUUCCUGAGGGACAACAGCCGAGAAGAGAAGGAGAGGCAUGGUAGUAGCCUGGAACGAAUGAGCCGGGAAGGAUUCCACCUGGGUGGAGCAGCUGGAGAAGAUCAUUCUUCUACAUCCAAGAGAUACGUAGAGCAUCCUAUCCCCACACUGCAGCAGCAACAGGAUAGAUAUGGCGGGAGUCUGGACAGAAGAGAUGGGCUGCAUGGGCUAAGGGACCACAGCCAAGGAAAUGCGGCAGCUAUGCAAUGGAGACACACGGACACCUACCAGCAGACACCGAGAACGCUAUGGGUCCGUGCCUUGUAUGACUUUGAUGCUAUGGAGCAUGAUGAGCUGGGCUUCCGCACUGGAGACAUCUUAGAGGUCCUGGACAGCUCCAACCCAUCAUGGUGGAAAGGACGUCUGCGUGGGGAACUGGGUCUCUUUCCUGCCAACUAUGUCACACCUGUACUCCUUUGAGGGCACAGAAUGCCCCAGAGGGCCAUGCUGGAGCUGCUUUUCUGACAUGACAUGGACAGAGAGGGUAUGCAUGCUCCCUUGCCCUCAGGACAAAUGGUUUUGGUUUUGUCUUAAUUUAUUGGAAAUUGAUCCUUGGAAAUGUUGGUAUGAAAGGGAACUCUCUAAAGAGGAUAGAAUUUUUUUUUUCCUCUUUUUUUAACAUUCAUGAAGGGGAGGGAGCAAAAAUCCUGGACUGUUCAUUGAGACCUUUUUGGAUCCUCCCUGUCCUUCCACUUCUUUAGUUAAGCGUUGUUAACUUCCUGCAGUUAGGUUUGUUCUGUGGAAACGCACCUCAGACAAGUCAGGCUUAAGUAUUCAGGUAUCUCUACCUGUUCUUUUGAAAUCUGAUAGCACUCAGAGUCUCUUAAGGUUCUAUUUUGCCUUUCUUUCAGAGGCAGGAGGAAUGCUCAAGUGAAUGAAACUAUCAUUGGUAAUCACAUUAAUCCUUCAGGUAGAGAAGGAAAAUGAGCAGGGGCCUAGGCUGAGGUGCAGGGCAGCCUUGACUUUUCUAAACAGUUUCUGACUUACCCCUGCAGUACUUUCUGUGGGUGUGGACUGUAUGGAUAUACUAGAUGAAGGGAAAGGAUCCUGUAAGCUUUUGUACACACCAGUGGUGAAGGUAUGGGAGAGUGAAGCUACUUUCUUUUCUUCUGAUAGUCCUGCUCUACUUUCUGCACCCCAUAACAACAAUUUAUCCCAUUUUCAAGCUGCUCUCUGAGGUACCUAGGCUUAUGUUACCCAUCCUGGUUAGAGCAGGUCAGGCCCUUCAACUAAAUUAAUAUCCACUGGGUUGAAUAUCCUUUGCUGAUUCCUUUUAUAAAACUGAACUGGGGAGGGUUCGGAGAGAUUUGGUGGCAGAAGUUCUUUCCCUGAGUAUGUGGGGUGUUCACGAUCACUGUACACAACUCUGUCUUGCUAGUGAAAUGCCUUGUCCAACAGGUUAAGCUGUUGCUUUACAGUAUGCAGGGAAUAAAUUUGUGACCAUCAAGCA